AUGGCCUUAUAUGCAAAGUUCCUAAAGGAGCUUAUCAACAAAAAGAGACGCUGGGAUGAAAAAGAAAUAGUAAUGCUCACUCAAGAAUACAGUGCAGUGAUUCAAAGGGGUAUUCCACCAAAGUUUAAAGACCCAGGGAGUUUUGUCAUAUCAUGCACCAUAGGCAAAAUGACAUUGGAGAAAUCUCUCUGUGAUUUGGGUGCCAGCAUCAAUUUGAUAUCCCUCUCAAUGAUGAAAAAGCUUGCCAUAGAGGAAAUUAAACCCACCAGGAUGUCACUUGUAAUGGCAGAUAGAUCAAUCAAGAUUCCCAAUGGAGUUAUGGAAAACUUAUUAGUAAAGGUUGGAGAGUUCAUCUUCCCUGCCGACUUUGUGAUAUUAGACACAGAAGAAGAAGGAAAUAAUUCAAUUAUCCUGGGAAGAUCCUUCCUUGCCGCAACAAGGGCCAUUAUUGAUGUAGAAAAGGGAGAGAAGUUUUUCAGGGUGCACAAUGAGCAAAUGAUCAUCAAUGUUUUCAAAUCAAUUCAAUAUUCUCCUGAGUAA